AUGAAUUUAAGAUAAUAUGAAAUAUCUCUUAUUCCUAUCAAUCUCAAAGCUUUGUCUAGCUUUACAAACUGGAUUUGUGUAGGAUAAUUAAUAGAGGAAGCAAUGCUUGUAGGAUUAAUUGAGUAUCAUAUUAAAGUCAACUAAGUUUAGAUAAUCUAAUCAUAAUUAUUUGGGUCUAAUUAAUAGAAUUAGGCGAUGUAAAAAAUUAAUACCUUACUCAAUAAUUCUAAAAACAAACCCAAUAGAUUUAAAUCAUUUAUAGAGGAAGUCAAAAUUCAAGAUCCAUAUGGUAUAUGGUUUAAGGAUGCCAUUAAAUCAUACUUUCGAUAUAACUACAAAUCUUGUCCUUCAGAUUAGUUUAAGUUUUUAUGCGACACUUUUAAAGUCUAGUUUGUGGUAUUUGAAUAACCAAAUUCAAAUUCACAAUUAUUAUAUGGUAUUGAAACUAAUGGAGGAAUUAAUAAAAUCAUUUUAUACAAAUAUCACGAACAAUAUUACCUUAUCUUGACAAUAUUUGAAAAGAAAUGUCAUUUAUGCAAAACUAAAAUCAAAUUAAUUGAUAUAAAAUGCCAACAUUAAAUAUGUUUUAAUUGUAUUUAGAAGCAAUUUGAACAAUCAAAAUCAGUAUAAUAUAUUACAUGUAAUUUCCAAGGAUGUAGAGAAUUUAUAUUUAAAUCAUUCUAUUUGGAUCUCUAAAAAGAAUAUUAAAAAAGUNCAUUUGUUUUAUAAAUAUUAAUUAAGAUAAUCAAUAAGUCUAAUUUAUUCUAGCUAUCAAUAGAGUAUAGAAAAUCUUUAUAAUUAUAUCCAAUUUAAGAUUAGCCUAAUUAAGUAAGCAAAUUGACUUUAUUACUAAUAGAUAUCCUUAAGAGUGUAUAUCAAUAAUUCAGUUAUUAUAUAAAAUUUCAGAAUCCUAUCAAAAAAUAGAUUUAACAACAAAUUAAGACUCAUUCUUUACUAACUCAAAAGAUUAUUAUUAUUUAUAUUCACAAAUCAAAUAAAUUAAAAGAAUUUUGA